UAUUGGCGGGACUAACAGGUUUUCCUUAAGUCGCUUCUCUCUGUAAUUUUUCAAAAUGUUAGAUAAAUUAAAUCUCUGUCGUAAUGCUGGAUAUUUUGGAAAACUUUGGGUGAAUCUGGUGCGUAUUAUGGUGUCAAUCAACUGGCACCUAGAGCCAAAUCAUGCAAGGAAUUCAUAAUUGAGGGAUUCAUGCUUCGGAACUAGUAUUUUCCCUCCCUUAGUGUUAUGUAUGGUUAACUGGAACUAGCAGAAACAAAAGUAAGUGUGAGGGAUUCAUGCUUCGGAAUCAAAAUGCAUGUUGACAUGUCUCGUAUGAAUAUAUCACAUAAGAUCCUUUUGUUAUAUAACAUGAUUUAUGACCAGUUUAGUAUAUGAUCCUGUGAAUCCCGUUUUUACUAAAAUAACAAACUUUUGUUGUACUUUCUAGAGCUAAAUUUGCUGCCUGUAAAUCAGCAAAAUACAUACUCCCGUAUGUAUGAUUAUAAAACUUAUUGCCUUUUCCUUUGCUCUUUAGGCUAUUGUGAGUUAGAUUAAAAUCAUUGAUGUAAUGAAGAAGGCAAUACACUGGUUAUGCUAGUUGAUGACAUAAUCAGAAAUAAGCUUUUCUUAUAAAUGAUCAAUCCACCAAGAACUGCAGCAUAUAGUUGGCUUUUCUCAAGCAUAGUUACUCAGAGGUCUGACCACGGGGCAGACCAGUUCAAUGAAGCAAUUGUACUGUUUGAUAUUUUUCUUUAUCACUGUCACACCGAGAGAGACUAGGUUCCAUGGAUAGAGUUUUUCUUCGGUAAUAGAAUUUGUUCCUAGAUUUCUGAUGUAUUGACUUGAAUGAUAAAAAUUGAGCGUACUUUCUCAAAGGAAUUAACCUUAUUUCCUGAUUAAAACUAUAUGACAUCAUAACUUAAUUAGUUACCUGUCGAAUGAUAUGGAGGUUGAGCUCAAACAUAGUUUUCAGAAGCCCAUUUUAGUUGGUUAAUUCCAUAACAACAGCGUCUCAGGUUUAUCUGACUAUAGUUUUUUUUCCCUUUCUAUUCUUUUCUUUUUCUUUUUCUUUUCUUUGGGUAGGGGAGGGGAAUAGCAUUGCACUGUUGCAGUGCUAUCAGGAAGGGAUGAUUAAAAGGCUGGUUGUGCUAUGAUUUGCAUUACAGGUUUGCUUAACAGUGAAGCUAAAAUCAAAGAUGAAACCUUUGAGCUGCGAUGCAUCAAAGGAGUUCUUACGUCUUCAGAUGGUCAGAUGUCACAGAGAGCUCAAAAUAGAUAAACCACUCUGCAACUUUACGUCUCAAAGGUGGCGAAAAGCUUUGCAUCUCUAUUGUGAGUUUGGAACGAAAGGAAUGGUUCUUGAGGCUCGCCGACGUGGUGGUCGCUGCAUUAAAGGAAGUAGCCUGAGAGAGAGUGUCAUAUUCCUUUGGAAUGAUUUGCUACGUGCACCUUCACUUGCUUUGUCAAAAGAAAUUGACCAAACAGUCAGGGUAGCUACCUCAAUAACUCCUCCUGUCCAAGCAUCCUACUUGUUGAAAUGUGUGCCCGAUCGCGUUUCAGAUGAUUCAGGUGCCAUGAUAUCUGAUGUUAUUCUGAAAAUGAAUCAUUAUCGUCCCCAAGAAGGUCGAUGGUUAUCUCGCACUGUUCUGGAUCAUGCAGGCAGGGAAUGCUUUGUGAUUCGACUUAGAGUUGGAGGUGGCUUUUGGAGGAGAGGAGCUGAAACUCCGUCAGCUGUAAAAUGGGAGGACCGCAUUAUAGAAAUACGUGAAGGUCAUUGGUCGUAUGUUGCUGGUUCCAUAGGUAGAGCGCCUGAGAAAGUGGUAGGUACUGCAAAACCAAAAGAUCCACCAGAAGGAUGGCAUUCUCUGUGGUACCUUUCAACUGGAGAUGAGCUACUAGUACGCUCGGAAUCCUCAACAUCCAGUUCAGGCUUAAGUUUCAGCCUCAUAAACCAGCAAUCAACUGAUUCAGUGGUAAAGUUAUUGGAAGGGCGGCAAAUGCAGUAUGAAGUCAAUAAAUCUGGCUCGACUGAAGAGACAGAAAAUGUGCCAAAAGAAAAGCUAAAGCAAGUUGAAGACAAAGAUGAAGACGGAUUCAUAACGGUGGUUAGGUUCUCAGAGGAUAAUCCGGUUGGAAAAGCUACAGCACUGCUUAACUGGAAAUUAUUGGUGGUGGAGUUUUUACCUGAAGAAGAUGCUGUAUUCAUACUUCUUCUUUGCAUGUCAAUUGUCAGAAGCAUAUCAGAAAUGAAGAAGCAAGAUGUAGGAAGCCUGUUGGUUAGAAGAAGAAUAAAAGAAGCAAAAAUUGGUGAUAGAGAUUGGGGUUCAGUGAUUCUCCACCCAUCUUCAUAUUCUCCGUCGAUCUGCUCACCUUACCUUCAGCCUUGGUAUUGGAACGCAAAAGCAGUGAUGGGAUCACAAGAUAAUAUCCCAAGACUACCAGCUCCAGCAUUGACUUAUACGCAGGCUGAAGGUGGAGACAGGUUGUACAAACAUGGCAUAAUCGAUUAGAACGAAUCGCCAUUUUCCAAUAACAUGGAGCUGAAAAAGAUUUUCAAGCACAGGUUCUGAAACAGCUAUUUAUAUAUAUGUAUUCCAUCCAAAUGUCAUUUUGUCACCUCUUAUAAACAUAUUUCACCUGCUCAUCAUAGCAGAGUUACUAAUUUAAUGGAUAACAAGCAUCAUCA